AGCGAGCGAGGUAGCGAGCGGAGCAGAGCGCUGCGGGCUCACAAAGCGGCCGGACGCGCGGCGGCGGCGGGUGGCAGGAGCGCAGGGGCGCGAGCCGGCGAUCAGCCUUCCCGGCGACGGUGCCGCGGGAGCUCGAGCAACUCGGACGCGGGGACCUGGGCCGGCCCCCAAGAUGCCUGCGAUCGCGGUGUUGGCGGCGGCCGCCGCGGCGUGGUGCUUCCUUCAAGUCGAGAGCCGGCACCUGGACGCGGGCCCCAACCACGGCAAUUUCCUAGACAAUGACCAGUGGCUGAGCACCGUCUCCCAGUACGACCGGGACAAGUACUGGAACCGCUUUCGAGACGAUGAUUAUUUCAGAAACUGGAAUCCCAACAAGCCCUUUGACCAAGCCCUGGACCCAUCCAAGGACCCUUGCCUGAAGGUGAAAUGCAGCCCUCACAAAGUGUGUGUGACCCAGGACUACCAGACUGCCCUGUGUGUCAGCCGCAAGCACCUGCUCCCCAGGCAAAAGAAGGGGAACGUGGCCCAUAAACACUGGGUUGGACCUUCGAACCUGGUCAAAUGCAAGCCCUGUCCCGUGGCACAGUCAUCCAUGGUCUGCGGCUCAGACGGCCACUCCUACACAUCCAAGUGCAAAUUGGAGUUCCAUGCUUGUUCUACUGGCAAAAGCCUCGCCACCCUCUGUGAUGGACCCUGUCCCUGUCUCCCGGAGCCUGAGCCACCAAAGCACAAGGCGGAAAAGAAUGCCUGCACAGACAAGGAGUUGCGGAACCUUGCUUCCCGGCUGAAGGAUUGGUUUGGAGCUCUUCACGAGGAUGCAAACAGAGUCAUCAAGCCUACCAGCUCCAACACAGCCCAAGGCAGGUUUGAUACCAGCAUCCUACCCAUCUGCAAGGACUCCCUGGGCUGGAUGUUCAACAAGUUGGACAUGAACUAUGACCUCCUGCUUGACCAUUCAGAGAUCAAUGCCAUCUACCUGGAUAAGUACGAACCCUGUAUCAAGCCUCUGUUCAACUCUUGUGACUCCUUCAAGGAUGGCAAGCUCUCUAACAAUGAGUGGUGCUACUGCUUCCAGAAGCCUGGAGGUCUCCCUUGCCAGAAUGAAAUGAACAGAAUUCAGAAGCUGAGCAAGGGGAAAAGCCUGCUGGGGGCUUUCAUACCUCGGUGUAAUGAGGAGGGCUAUUACAAAGCCACACAGUGCCAUGGCAGCACGGGGCAGUGCUGGUGUGUGGACAAAUAUGGGAAUGAGUUGGCUGGCUCCAGGAAACAGGGUGCUGUAAGCUGUGAAGAGGAGCAGGAAACCUCAGGGGAUUUUGGCAGUGGCGGCUCUGUGGUCCUGCUGGAUGACCUAGAAGAUGAGCGGGAGCUGGGACCAAAGGACAAAGUGGGGAAGCUGAGGGUGCACACCCGAGCCGUGACAGAGGAUGAUGAGGACGAGGACGACGACAAAGAGGAUGAGGUCGGGUACAUAUGGUAGUGCCCGCAAGAAAGAGGACACAAGUUUUGCACAAAAUUGCAAGUCACAUCCUAUUCCUGCAUUUGUAUCUGAGACUCCAAGGCACCAAGGUCUCUUCUCCAUUGUUCCUCUCUAUACCCGACCUAAGGUUUGGAAGACAACUGCUUGUUCCCAGAGGAUUCUGAUUUUUGCAUAUGUUUGUAUGGGAGAAAGAGUGUUGUGUUUUGUUGCUGUUUAUUUUUUGGAUAGGGAAAUGGCCGAUUAACUAGAGCCUCCUUCCCUCCUGUGAGAUUUUUCCAACAAGCAUGUGAUUUAUGUGGAAUUCUGACAGUGCAGGGAGCCCCCACCCUCUUAAACGUCAAAGACCCUUUUGGUUACCCACACUGGUGGUUAUUACAGCAUGGUUCCCAGCCUUACAGUGUCUAAGUGCUUUUCUUGUGUCCUGUAGAUGUUGUGAAAAAGAAAAAACACACACACACAUACCACACUGUACCUUUCCCCCCUGCCACUUAUUACUCCUCGUGUUUAUUAUUAAAAAUUUGUUUUUUCACAUCAUU